GAUUGCGAAAUAGGCUUGCAACAGAACGACAGAUAUCAAAAUUUCAAGGUUCAUAUACACAUUUUCACUGUCUGUUUGAGGUGAAACUUACCUUCAUAUCCAGUGGACAUUUAAAACUGCUUCUUGGCGUAUCCACACGUACCUGCUUUUAAUUUAGUAACGCAAUAAACAUGAUAGCCACGAAGAGAUGUGUACCUGCAAGGAUCCUUGUAGCAUUCCUGUUUUCAUGUCUCCUGGAGAAUACCGUCGUUCUAUCCAGGUCAACCGGUGCUCCUGUUGAUGAAUAUAGCCAGAUAUGCGAAACUAUGACACCAGGACAUUAUGCAUCUGGGCAGACUUCGGAAAGUCCAUAUUCCAUAAUGCUAAAAAAUGAUUAUUAUACCCCCGGAAUCGAUAUGGCUGUCGAAAUCAGCGGUCCAAGUGAAAGUUUGAAAGGGCUCCUGCUCCAAAUGCGUAAUGCUGCUACAAAGGAAAUCGUUGGGUCAUGGUCUGUCAGUGACACGGACAACUUCCAGACUGUAUCGUGUAACGGAAACAACGACAAAGCUGUUACUCAUAAGAAUGCAAACCCCAAGACCCUGCCCAUUAGUUUUACAUGGACUCCAACCGAUGUGGGAGGACAAAAUGUUUAUGCAGUUGCCACCUUUGUACAAGAUUUCCAAACAUAUUGGAUAAAAGUAGCAUCUUCAGUUAUUUCAGAAGAUUCUAUGGCCACUGAAGAAGGGAACUCAAUAACAACCAUGCCACCUGGAGAUUCGAUGACGACUGAAGGCGAAGGAUCAGUCCUUUCGUACAGCUAUAUACUCACAAUUUCGGCUUUAGGACUUGUCCUUGUAAUAAGCAAGUUGAUCAUCGCUUGAAACCUAUUGACAGAAUGCUUCAUAUGGAUAGGAUUAAUCUAACUCUUGUAUAGUAAGACGUAGCUUAAGUUUCUAUUUGUCGUUGUUCUUUUUUAAAUUUCAUAAGUUAUUGAUCAAAGUUUAACUUUAUUAUCCCAUUUCUAUUUAAACAUUUCAUUAAUUACAGAGGGGAAGAAAUGAAUAUUCGGGAAAGAGCCAUCCUGAAAAUAUUUAAGUUCAAUCCGUUAAAAUGAAGAGAGAAUUGAACUUUUUCUUGAAAAUGUGAUCAGAUCAAAACAAGUUAAUGAAAAGACUAAAACAAACUUAUGAUGAGCAUGAAUAAUAUAGUGCUUCAGAUUAAGAAUAAUUCAGUUAUAUGCAAAAGAGAGAGAUUUAGUCUAUCAUAGAAGGAACAUAAACACAGAUAUAUAAACGAGAUUGAAGAAUAAAAACAAUUGUUCGUGUAUUAAGCUAUAAUAGAAAAUAUGCCUACAAGUAAAGGUUUGUUAGCUAAACGUGAAGAUCUAAAAUAAAAAUAAAAAUCUUUCCAUAUUUUUCCAGCAAGUAAGUAUUACUAAGCAACCUUAAAUAGAAAAGUGGUAUCAAGCGAUAUCAACUUCUGACAAUAUUGGUUUGGUAUCGAAUCCGUUUCUACUUGGCCUUUCAUAAUCUGGUUGAACACUUUUAUUCACUUUCAUUUUGAUUAUUUUUUAUCUCCCAUUAUCUAUAACGAACAAAUUUAUUUUACUUUAACUACUUACUACUGUUAUAAGUUUUUUUUUUUUUAAGAUUUCACAAAUAUGAUUUGAAGAGGUGAGCAUGUAGCACACAGAUAUUUUAGAGUUACAACCAUGUUGUACAUGUAAACAUUUAAGCUCAGCAAAAACUUUGCUCAUUUCUUUGUUAAAAGUAAAAGUCAAAUGUCCCAAAAUCAACAAAACACCAAUACUUGCCACGGAUUCAAAAUUGAAAUUCAUGCUUUGACUAAAUCGUGUACCAGAAAGUAUAAAUUGAUAUAUAAAUUUCAUAGAAUGAUAUACCAAUUGCAAUUUUAUGAAAAACUUUUGGUUGGGCACAAUUUAUCUUGAUUUGGAAAAAAAAACUGCGUUCUAAUAGUAGGUAGAAAUACUAGUUUGAUUUAAGUAGCAUUAUAGAGAGCAGAUGAUUUUGAUAAUAUUGAUACUCGUAUCAUUAACGGAAAUGAAAUAGUAACACCAAUAAACAAAGAAUUUGUAGAUUUUAUCACUUAUUAGUAAUGGUAUGUGAUAUACCCAUGUGUUAUAAAAUACUUGUGAACUCUAGGAUGUCAUGAUGAAUUAAACAAUAAUGAUAGCAACGGAAUAACAUUAAAUAUAAUAUCAAUAAUAAAUAAAAUAAUGAAAGCGAUUCAGAAGUAUCGAUAAUAUCAGUAGCAAAAAUUACAAUGUCUAUAUAUUUUAUAUAUUAUCAAUUCAGCGUAAUCAUGUUACUGUUGUUGAGCAUGGUGAUAUAUAAUUUUCCGAAUAUUGCGUCAAAAUCUAUUCCGAAAUUAGAUUUUUGUACUAAAAUGAUCAAAUUUUUUGCUCGCUCGCUCCGCUCGCUUGCAACUUUAUUAAAAAUUUGCCCCGAUACGCCAUGUUUGGCCCUGUCAAAUCUUCUUGACUCAUUACGCCACAGAAAAGCAAUCUGUCUGUAUCAUCUAGCACUCUUUUGAUAUCAUUUCAUCCACCCUAUUCUAUUUUCCUUGUAUAUCAUGUAACCAAAAGUAAGAUACAAAUUGCAAUGCUGAAUGACAUGACGCAUUGUCAUAGUCAUUGAAACAAAAAUAUAUGCCUACAGCAAAUACUUGUCUAUGACUAAGUUCUAUGUUCAUGAGGAAUAUACAGUACAUGUUGGCCAUCAUGAAAUGAUCAUUGUCUUCGCACACCUUACAAUGACGGCGGUUUGAACUUAUUACAGCCGUGUUUUCUUUGACACAUGUGCCUUGGACUGUGAUAACAAGAACGUCGAUCGUGCUUCGUCGUGCUUAGACUACGAGGGGUAAAGACAUUGUAUUUGGGCGUAGAAAGCUAGCGUGUUUGCACAAUUUCAAGUAAAUCAUGAGGUUCAUUCAAAUUAGGUAGAUUAGCCUAGAUGGUUAAAAAAAUCACUUGCCCACAAGAACAAUCCAGUAAUCUUUAAAUUGAACAAAGAGAGAGAGAGAAGAUACAAAUAAUUUAUCCAGAAGCAAGCUGAUCCGUGGACAUUUAACGAUAAAUAAAGCACUGAUGAAGCGA